GGAAGCUGGGGGCCCUGGGAAGAAAGGCAGCCCGGGACAAUGGGGUGCAGGGAGGACAAGUCGGGAUGACAGAGGGAAUUCUGCGUGGCGCGCUGAGCAAGGAGCCGGCGGGGGAAAUGCUAACUUGGACAAGUGCCUCGAGUUCCCUGGCUGACCCCUGUCCUGCACCUUCGGGACACAUGACUGUCUUCAACCUCUGCUGCGCAGACAACCUGCCCAUGGACACGCUCAACCUCAGCCUGGCCCACAACCGCAUCGCCGCGGUGCCGCCGGGCUACCUCACCUGCUACGCGGAGCUGCGCGUGCUGGACCUGCGCAACAACUCGCUGGUGGAGCUGCCCCCCGGCCUCUUCCUCCACGCCAGGCGCCUGGCGCACCUGGACCUGAGCUACAACAACCUCAGCCACGUGCCGGCCGACAUGUUCCGGGAGGCCCACGGGCUCGUGCACAUCGACCUGAGCCACAACCCGUGGCUGCGCCGGGUACACCCGCAGGCCUUCCAGGGCCUGGUGCAGCUCCGAGACCUGGACCUCAGCUACGGGGGCCUGGCCUUCCUCAGUCUCGAGGCCCUCGAGGGUCUGCCAGGGCUGGUGACCCUGCAGAUCGGUGGCAACCCCUGGGUGUGUGGCUGCACCAUGGAGCCCCUGCUGAAAUGGCUGCGGAACCGGAUCCAGCGCUGCACGGCCGAUUCUCAGCUGGCUGAGUGCCGCGGGCCCCCUGAAGUUGAGGGUGCCCCCCUCUUUUCCCUCACUGAGGAGAGCUUCAAGGCCUGCCACCUGACCCUGACCCUGGACGAUUACCUCUUCAUCGCCUUUGUGGGUUUUGUGGUCUCUAUCGCAUCUGUGGCCACCAACUUCCUUCUUGGCAUCACAGCCAACUGCUGCCACCGUUGGAGCAAGGCCAGUGAAGAGGAAGAGAUUUGACAUGGCUACCAGUUGUCCCUCCAUGCCUCUGGCCACCACUGCCACUAACCCCCGGGUAUCCUCCCUGGCUGCCCACAAUGGCUCCAAUGUGCCCUGGCCACGUCUGUCACGGCUCAAGCAAGCUUAGGAAAUGAACUUUGUACAAGCAACUGCUAUGGGCCAGACACUGUGUUAGGAACUGUGAGUUUUAAAUGAAUCUGACCUACUCCCUACCCUCAAGGCAUUUAUUCCCUAAAUUUAAAUGAUUUGUCAGCGUUUUCUCGGCACAUAGUUAUGGAAGCCCAGAAAAGGAGUCAUUGAUUGUGGCUAGAAAAGUCCAAAAGUAUUGAACAAGUGGAGGUGAUUUGUGUGCUGAGUCAUCAAAAAAAAUCUGCUUUGUCAAGACAAAGAAGGACCAACAUAAGCAAAUGACCAAGGCCAGAAUAUGCAUGUGUUAGAACAAUGAACAAUCUCUUGGGUCUUGGGUAUGUAGAAGGGCAGUGGCAUAGGACCAAAACUUUCCCUCUGACACUCAAUCUGUGAGCCCUUGGCUUUGCCCACCACUGCCUCAGAGGGUGAGAAUACCUCCAUGCCAGCCCCUUUGACCACCUCCUACCAGCAGCAACCUGAUGAGACCACCUUCCAUUGACUGCCCCCCAUACUCCAUGGCCAAUGGUAGCUGCCAUUGGUAAGGUCCCAAGUAGCAAGUUGAGGAUGGACACCUUCAGUGCCCUUUCUCCUACCCCCAUUUCCUGCUUCUCAAGCAUUGGGUUCCAGAGAUGGGGAGCAGAAGGUCAGCGACAGGGACAGCAAGAGUCCUGGCACCCUAGGACUCCUAAUCCCAUGACUGUUCUUGCCACAGUGCUCAUGCCAAGGGAUCUCACCAGAAAAAUGCUACCACCCAGGACCCAGGACUGAAGGAGGAAAAGGCCACCACAUCUAUGACCACAGGAGGGUGUGCACUUUCUUCUAAGUGACUCGCCCAUUCAAACAUAAGAGUGAGAGGGCUAUUAAUUACCAAGCACUCAUGAGUGUCAGGCACUGUGAUAAGCUCUCUCCACAGACAAUUCCCUUUAAUAUACACAACAAUCUUUUGAGGUGAGCAUUGCCAUUCCCAUUUGACAGAUGAGGAAAUUAAGACUUGGAGAACUUAAAGUCAUGUGCCACUUAGUGAGCAAAAUAAGUCUGUGCUCUUUCCACUUCUCUAUUCAAUUUGGGGAACAUCACAGUUCCCUCUAAAGUUAUAUAAAUUCUACUUCAAGUAGUGCUGAUGAUGCUCUUAAUAAGGGCCUGGCAGUCAUCUGGGUCCUUUGACAUUUAUUGACUCAUUUAUUGCAAGUCUCACAGCAACACUGCUUAGCGGUCUUUACUCUUCCCAUUUUACAGAUGAACUGAUUAUAGAGUUGAGUAAUUUACCCAAGGUUAGAUGGAUAAAUUCUAGAAGGAAGGUGAUAGGCAGCUCUUCAGGGAAAUAGUGUCUAAUCAGUCAGUCAAAAAAAAAUCAAGUAAUUAUAUGUGCAAAGCACAAUUAUUGUUGUCAUCAUCAUCUUCACCAUCUGUUUCAUCAGCUUCCCCACAUUUGUUCAGCACUGGACAGUUCCUGAGUGCUUUGGCAUUAUUCUUGACUUUUCACAACCAAAUCAGCAAAUCAAAUGCCAUCACUCCUAUUUGGCAGAUGGGAAAAUAGAGACUCAAGAGUGGGUAUGACUUGCCUAAGCAAUAGGAUUAGGACUCAAGUCCAAAUCAGCUCUCUUCUCAGUUCUUUCCCUGGUACUUGGUGACAAGAAUGCCUUGGAGGACGAGGUAGUGGGGCCAUGCAUGUGCUACCUAAAUAAAGGGCAGUGAAACCCAGAUGCUGGACAGAUUUAGCUAUGUUCACAGGAGGGCAAAUUGAAGUCUCUAAAUAAGAGACACCUGCCUUCCAAUGUGUAAAUAGCACAUUAGAACUGGUGGCCCUGGGGGUCAUUCAUGCAAAAACUGAGAUAUUUGGGAAACAAGAGAGGAAGCUGUGUUAAGCUCUUCUACCCAUGCCUGGCUGUGCUUUGCCAGGAGAGAUGCAAAGGGUAUGUGAAGACUUUAAGCCGUUAAGAUGGGAUAGAGGAAGACUUUAACACUUUACAGUGUAGACAAUGCUGGCCAGGAUGAGACUUCAAACAGGGACUGUCUACCCAGCCCCUAGUCUCAGCAGACUUGUGUUACCCCAUCUACAUAGUAGGUCUGAAAGCAAUGAAGGAGAAUAACAAUAUCAUCUUCCAGGAAGUCUUCCCUUGCUCAUGCUUCCCAGAGCUAGCCAACCAAAAGCAUGCCCAGAAACUUUUGCUAGACCUGGGAUACUUGAACUUUGUUCCCCUGAAUCCCGCUUGACUUGUGCCCCAGAGCCUUUCUCCUGUGACAUCCGAGGCCAAACUGCACACUCUCCCUUCUUCCAUUGUGUCUAGGGACAGAUACUGAGGCUGCUCCCCACCAGUCAAGCUGACAACCUGAAGUUUGGGGGGAGGAACUUUUAGAAAUAAUAGCCCUGAUACAAUUAGUUAAGCCACCCACAGAGGCCAUAAAAAUCUGCAGUAAUCUCCUAGAGACUCUAGUUCACUGAAAUAUAGUUAAAAUAAUUAAGAUGUAUGCUCUUUUGUGUAGAAUUAGACCCAAACACAACACCAAAAGCCCCUUAAAAUCAAAUGUCCUUUCUAAUGAGACUAUUUAGUCCCCAUUAAUGUCAAACCUUUCUGAGUAGAAUACGUGACUUUUAAUGAACAUAAACUUUAAAAAAGAAGAGAGAAGAUGCUUCUCCAGUACUAGAAGGUCCAGUUAACUAUUGAAUAUCAACUUCCCUGAUCUUCCCUGCAUCUACCGCCUGUCUUGUGCAAGCCAUCAGAACCAGCUUCUAGGGUCAAGCUUCUAGAGAUAUGCUAGCAGUCCUGGGUAGAGUUGUUCCUACAACCCCGCUGACCAACACAUAUUAAGGUGUACCUACAAUGUUCUACUGAGAUUUUUCCAACUGGUUAACAUGUUAGUGUGUUUCUGAGUCUGUGAAGUUGCAUAAAUAUUGGGUAUCUACUGAUGUGGGACUGAUCUCUCUGCUACUUGGGUUCAGUUCUCCAGCACUGUCUAUUCAAGUAUUUAUUGCAUCACUUGAUACACUAGUAUGGAAUCCCAUUAGGGUUGGAGUAGGGAUAGUGGCUCAGAAAAUAUAUGGCUAAGGCAGCUUAGUGAUAACCUGACUUCUUUCUUCCCUUCUCUACUCCUUAUCCCAGAAGAUUCCUUCAUGCCAGCUCUGAGAAUUUCAAAGUUUGGCUAAUCAACUGGGUUUUGAUGGUCAAGGUCUCAGUCCAGAAAGUUGUUCCUGAGAAAAGACCUCCUUCCCCCACCCAUACCUCAACACUCUUGACCAGUUGCCCAUGGUCACCCUCAGAGAAACCCUCAUCUGUUUUUCCAUUCCUGCAGGGAUCCCAGGGAACCCUGCAGAACAGGUCCCCAGAGUUGCUGAUUCCUUUCAAGGAGCUGGAUAUAUGAAAUUUGAAAAGACCAAAACAGAUAUUUCCCUUCAACCAUCAUGGAAGACCUGCAGCCCCAUUUUCCCCAUAGACAUCUUUGUUGGCAUCCUUUCCAGCUCUAGAAGAACAUAAGGAGACACCUGUGUGUCCUCCUCAGAGGAACAUCUUUCCAAAGCUAGAGAAAUGUGCCUGCUCUCCCCACCCCAGGAGGAAGCAAAAGGAAUGUGAGGGAGGCAAGUUGCAAAGUUCUUUGUAAAAUCACCAUCAUGUCUGCCACAGCACUGGGUGGA